AUGGAGGGGCUGCGUCGCGGGCUGUCGCGCUGGAAGCGCUACCACAUCAAGGUGCACUUGGCCGACGAGGCGUUACUGCUGCCGCUGACCGUGCGGCCCCGCGACACGCUGAGCGACCUGCGCGCGCAGCUAGUGGGCCAGGGCGUGAGCUCGUGGCGCAGAACCUUCUACUACAACGCUAGGCCGCUGCCCGACCACCAGACGGUGCGGGAGGCGCGCCUGCAGGACGGCUCCGUCUUGCUGCUGCUCAGCGACCCCAGGUGACCAGGGACCUGGGCAAGGACCUGGGUAGUUGGGGCUGGAGGAGAUGGAGCCAUGAUUUUGGGAACGCAAGGUGCUGGCUGAGGGAGCAAGCUGGGCCAGAGGGAACCACAGCUCUCUCUUCCUGGGAACCCAGCCUUAUUCCCGCCUCGGUGUUGGGGUGCCGUGCUGGGCCUUCGUGUGCCCCCUGGUGCUGCGGACUGCACGGUGAGCCCAGAAGGAAACUGCGUUUUAAUUAAGAGUCGUACAGGGCUCAGGGUGCAGAGCUGGGCAGAACCCAGGCCCACGGAGGCCCUGGGUCUGGCUUGAGGUCCCAAAGCCACAGUUUGGAAAGCAUGUGGCCCCUCUCCAACAGUCAUCAGAAGCCACUUUGGACAGGACUUGUGACCCACAGAGAAAAGUGACAGCCGAGGAGGCCCCAGGCCUGUGGCGGCUUGCAGUCAUCCCAGGAGGUGUUGAGGGUCGGGCUGCUGAGUGUGUACGGCCCACAAGUUCAUCCUUCUUCCUUUCCUCCUGAGGUCUCCCUGAAUUCUGCCCACAGGCCCUUCUGCUUUUUUUUUUUUUUUUUCAAACUCCUAUUUAUCCUACAAAGGCCUACUUUCAGUGCCCCAUUUUUACAGAGCCAUUCCUGAUACUCCAAUAAUAGCCCCCAGUUCCCUCUGGGCCCUGAUAUGCCAGCACUGUGCUCCGGUCCUAGGCCUGAGUCAUGAGACUAGGUGGUGUCGGGCGCAUUCCACCUGGGUGA